CUUCUGUCCAAUCGUCACAAGAACCACCAGCUGCCAUUCGGCUCAACCGUUAUUUCCAUCCAUCGUCAGCGACUGCUACAUACGAGCCUCACUCCCCUCCUCUCUCUCCCCCGCGAUCUCACCACUCUCCACCUGGCCUCGAAAUAAACCCACGGCAAAAAAAAACAAAAACACAAAAUCGCAUAAUGGCAGUUUAGAAUUGCUCGUCCCAUGGCUUCAUCUUCCGAUUUUCCAGAUGGCCGCAAGUCGCCGGGAAGCCGCAAGGUUCCCAAUCCCCUCGCUACCAACUUCUUCGCAAAAUCCAAAAAGGGCGACCUCAGAAGCCCGACCGUCCACUCCCCUUCCUCGUACCUGAAAAGCAAACCACCGAUCGAGAUAUCGGUCGUACAUGCGAGAACCGACGAGGACAACAACAACAAUAGCGUCAACAAUAACAACACCAACAGCAGCAGCAGCCACAACACCCACAAUAACGGCAGCGGUAGCGGCAGCAGCGCGACCAUCGACCCAACGCUGGCAGCAGCUCUCGCAACCGCGACAACAUCCAGGUACGACGACAGAACCGAGCCUAUAGCGAUCCCCGCCUCCGCACAGAUGGGGUCCCACUACCGCCAUCAUAAGAAGCUCGCCCCUUCAACCUCAUUUAAUACGCACUACCGCAGCAUAUCGAGAUCGAUGAACGAUUUGGGCAACAUCUUCUCCCGCGGACGCUCGCCCCCGAAUCGCGAUGUCCCCCCACGCCCUUCCGUGGCCGCGAAUGCCCAAGAAUACAGACGGAAGCUACAAGAAGGCGGUCAUUCGAAAGGGUUCGAAACGGGAGGCGUCCCUUCUAUAUCGGUCAUGCAACCCGGCGAACACGCGAACCGAAAUCGUGUCCUCCGAGAGGGAUGGUUGAACGUUAUCGACUCCCAUACGAAGAAAGCCAGCAUGAGAGAUGCGUGGAAGCUCCACUAUGCCUUGAUAAUCGAUGGUCAGAUGUUCCUAUACAAGCCGCCUUCAAGCUACCAGAUCAGGGCGUUCGAGAUUGAUGCAGGACCCCCAAGUCCACAGAGGCCGCAGAGUGCUCCGGCAACUGCUUCGGCGGCAUUCGAUGUAUCCAGUCUUCGGCACAGAAGCACCGCGAGGCAUCCCGAGCUGGUUCUGGAGGAUGACGGUAGUGUCAAGAUUCUUCGUUCGUCCACUGGGCGGCGCGUUCGCUAUCCGGAUGGACCGGGCCCGAAACGGUGCUGUCGAUGUUGUUGGAGCUGUCGGCGCUGAAGGACUCGUCGGCACGAAUAGGCGAGAUAUUGCAGAUACUAGCUACUGCUACGCCGGGCCUGCUGCUCGAGCCCGGUUGCUACAACUGCGCGAGGCUGCUGG